AUGGCGCAGCGAGAUGAAGAGCACAAGCUCUUUGAGCAGCAUCGCAUAUGUAUUGUCUGCACCGACUCUCUCCCUCUUGAACAUGCAGAGCAGGUAUGUCGUCGGUCUCCAUCAUAUGGGCAAAGAUGGAUUUCAGCCUUAUUGCGAUCUCCAUCCAGUUGCCGCUUGACACCUUGUUUUGGCUUUGAACCGACUAUCGAGGAAUAUGGCGGCGAACCUUCUAUUCACCAGUCAACACCGACCAAGGAAGAUACAGCGGCUGCCACACACAUCAUUUCUAAUACAAUCAACUUUGAGACAUUCGAUCUUGCCUGCGAAGCCCUGAUCCCAGUAGUCCGGCCAUCAUGGCUACAUGAAUCUUUGAAGAGGCGGAAGCUCUCUAAUCCGCGACACUUCAGUCCAGAUCCGCGCCUUUUCAUGAACGAUGUGGUUGUGUGCUGCGGUGAUAUCCCAGAGGGCGACAAAGAGGCUAUUGUGGCAGGAGUUCUUGCGAGGGGCGGAUUGUACAGUCAGCGCGUCUCCGGCACUGUCACCCAUCUAGUGGACCUGACGGACACGUCCGACAAGGCGCGCCUAGCCCAGGCGAAGAAGCUUAAGCUGAAAAUCGUCUUGCCGCACUGGUUUGACGACUGCCUCAAGCUUGGCCAACGAAUUGACGAAGCACCUUAUCUCCUCCCCGACCCUGAAAUCCUGAGCGCCGGUCCCGAUGAUCCUCUUCGACGACGAGAGAAUAAGGGCUUGAAUGCUGCAUCGACGCCAGAUCCGUCGCAUAUGCCUGAUAUGAACAAGAAGCCCACCCCUCAUAGCUCAAAAGGGGAAGAACAAAGAAGCGUCUUCAAUGGCAAAACUAUUAUGCUGUCCCCAGACCUACGCAUUGGCGAGCGCCUUUUGGAAUCGAUUCAGUCUGUGCUUGAGUCUGGCGGGGCUACUGUGACAGGCAAUGUCUAUAACGCAGAUUGGGUGAUAUGUCGCUUUCGUGACGGGUUUGUUUACCGCACUGCCUCACGACUGGAAAAAGAAGUUGGUAAUCUUGCCUGGCUGUAUUCUUUGAUGAUCUUUAAUGAGUACACUCGGCCCCUGAGCAAGCUUCUCCAUUAUCCAGUCUCUCGCACGCCCAUCCCUGGUUUCGAAGGGCUCAAGAUCAGCCUUUCCAAUUACGUUGGUGAGGCUAGAAUCUAUCUUGAGAAUUUGAUUUCUGCCGCCGGUGCUGAAUGCACCAAAACUUUGAAGCAAGAGAACACUCAUCUCAUUACCGCGCAUGGCACAAGCGAGAAAUGCACUGCAGCUAGGGAAUGGGGUCUUCAGGUUGUCAACCAUCUAUGGCUGGAGGACAGUUACAUUAAAUGGAGACAUCAGCCGGAGUCCGACCCAUGCUACAGUCACUUUCCGCCCCGUACUAACCUGGGAGAAAUCGCUGGCCAUAAGAUGCUGGAUAUGCAGGUUCUGGAGCGAGUUUUCUUUGCUUCUGAAGAUACAGAAUCUCAAAGCCCCGAACCCGCGAUGCAGGAGAAGGACCAGAACGCUACCUCUAUGCCACCUCCUGAGCUGAAGCAGAUGGAUGACGAGAAUGCUCCUGCACCGCCACAAGACACACCUCAGGCAACUAAGAAAGCACGCCGGGUCUCAGAAAACAAGAAGAUUGAGACUCCGAUACGAUCUCGACUUCUCCCCGACGGGAAAGAAAACGACACUCCGUCUUCCACUAGCAGUCGAAAAUCUAAGGAAGCAGCCACAGCCCGUCUUCAUGAGUACGCCCCAGACUUUGCACUGUAUGAGAAAGAACGCAAACGUCGCGGUGGCGUUAUCUUCGGCGGCAGACGUAAGUCGGACGAAGACCGGGUUACCAUUAACCCUAAGAAGCGACGCUCGCUUGAUCCCCAAGAGGAGAGUGAAAACGAGGAAGUGAAGGAAGCCAAGCGGCCGAAAAAAUCUCGGCUGGAGAUCUCCAUGCACCUUUUAAUUACUGGCUAUCAAAAGUGGGUUGGGAAAGGCAAUGAAAAGAAAGAGGACGCAGAUAAGCGACACCUUCGAGACUUGGGUAUUAUGGUGGUUCAGGAUGCCCGCCGAUGUACUCACAUGGCGGCACCAUCCAUUCUACGAACGACCAAAUUUGUCAAUGCACUGGCCUACGCCCCAGCGAUCAUCAGCACCGACUUCAUCACAGAAUGUCUGAAACAGGAUAAGCUCCUGGACCCAAAGAAGUUCGGUCUGGUAGACAAAUCCGCCGAGUCAAAAUUCAACUUUUCUCUUGCCAAGGCCCUGAAGAACGCGAAGAAGAACAACAACCAGCUCUUGAAGAACUUCCGGAUUUAUUGCGUUGAGGAUAUCCGAGGAGGAUUCGAGGCCUUCAAGUCGAUCGUCGAGACAAAUGGAGGACAGUGUCUUCUUUACCGAGGGCGUCUUGGUUUGACAAACAGUUCGCGCCGAGAAGAAAGUGAUGACGAGGAUAGUGAGAUGGAAGAUGAUGAACCUGGACGCCAUGAGUGGGACCGAAUCCAAACAUGCCCGUCUUUGGACCAAGUUCCGCCAGGGGGCGGGGAAAUAAAGAAGACGCCACGCAUCCUUCGAGUGGACUGGCUUCUUGAUAUGGCUAUGUCUCAGGAGCUGAAGCCGGCAGAAGGGUAUGAGCUGACAGAAGAGAUGGUAGAUAAGGAGUAA